AUGAUUUCUAUCUCAACCCUUUCUAUCCAUAUAUCUAAAUCCAUUCAUAUAUAUCUAUCUGAUUCCCUUCAUAUCUAUCUAUCUAUCUAUCUCUUCAUAUCUAUCUAUUGCAAUUUCUUCAUAUCUCGCUAUCUAAUUCCUUCAUAUCUAUCUUUCUCAAUUCCUUCAUAUCUAUCUAUCUUUCUCAAUUCCUUCAUAUCUAUCUAUCUUUCUCAAUUCCUUCACAUCUAUCUAUCUUUCUCAAUUCCUUCAUAUCUAUCUUUCUAUCUCAAUCCCUUCAUAUCUAUUUUUUUCUGUCUAUUUAUCUCAAUCUCUUCAUAUCUAUCUAUCUAUCAAUCUCAAUCCCUUCAUAUCUAUCUCUUCAUAUCUAUCUUUCUCAAUUCCUUCAUAUCUAUCUUUCUCAAUUCCUUCAUAUCUAUCUUUCUCAAUUCCUUCAUAUCUAUCUUUCUCAAUUCCUUCAUAUCUAUCUUUCUCAAUUCCUUCAUAUCUAUCUUUCUCAAUUCCUUCAUAUCUAUCUAUCUUUCUAUCUCAAUCCCUUCAUAUCUAUUUGUUUCUGUCUCUUCAUAUCUAUCAAUCUCAAUCCCUUCAUAUCUAUCUAUCUAUCUAUCGAUCUCAAUCCCUUCAUAUCUAUCUAUCUAUCAAUCUCAAUCCCUUCAUAUCUAUCUAUCUCAAUUCCUUCAUAUCUAUCUUUCUCAAUUCCUUCAUAUCUAUCUAUCUUUCUCAAUUCCUUCAUAUCUAUCUAUCUUUCUCAAUUCCUUCAUAUCUAUCUAUCUUUCUCAAUUCCUUCAUAUCUAUCUAUCUUUCUCAAUUCCUUCAUAUCUUUCUCAAUUCCUUCAUAUCUUUCUAUCUUUCUCAAUUCCUUCAUAUCUAUCUAUCUUUCUCAAUUCCUUCAUAUCUAUCUAUCUUUCUAUCUCAAUCCCUUCAUAUCUAUGUGUUUCUGUCUAUUUAUCUCAAUCUCUUCAUAUCUAUCGAUCUCAAUCCCUUCAUAUCUAUCUAUCGAUCUCAAUCCCUUCAUAUCUAUCUAUCUAUCUAUCAAUCUCAAUCCCUUCAUAUCUAUCCUUCUCAAUCCCUUCAUAUCUAUUUGUUUCUGUCUAUUUAUCUCAAUCUCUUCAUAUCUAUCUAAAUUUCUUCCUAUUAUCUCAGGCUCUUCAUAUCUAUCUCUGUAAAUGCAUUUAA